AUGAAUGCACCAUCAGUCCCUCCCUGUGCAAGCGAGCAGGAGAAGCUUAAUAAGUACGUGUCCUCCUCCAUCUGUCCAAAUUUCACUUCUCGUCUUGCUUCUCACAAACCAGAUGACUUCUACUACGAAACUCGCUCUGUGGCGCAGUUUGUCCGUUUGGGCUACAGUAGAAACACGGCGGUGCAGCAUGGUGACCUCCAUGGCUGCGACAGACAAAUGGUGUUCGACAUGCUGACGAGGCUCAAAUCUGUCGUCUACCUGCCCGGAGACUUUGUCUGUAAAAAGGGGGAGAUCGGCAGGGAGAUGUACAUCAUCAAACAGGGGGAGGUUCAGGUGGUGGGCGGUCCUGACCUGCAGACGGUGUUCGUCACCAUCAGAGCCGGCUCGGUGUUCGGAGAGAUCAGUUUGCUUGCAGGAGGAGGAGGGAACCGACGUACUGCCAACGUGAAGGCGCACGGCUUCGCCAACCUCUUCAUUCUGGAUAAGAAGGACCUGGCAGAGAUCUUGGUGCACUACCCAGAGUCCCAGAAACUGCUCCGCAAGAAGGCCAAGACGAUGCUGACGAAGGAUAAGAAGCCAGACGUGAAGGAUGAAGGUAAAGCGGCGGCGCCGGUCAUCCCACCCAGACCGGACACCCCCAAAAUGUUCAAGGCGGCUCUGAAGGUGACGGAGAUGGCGGGGAUGGAAGGAACCUUCACCAAACUGGCGAAAAGCUACAAACCCUUUGAAGGCACAGCAGAGGCUCCCACCUCCACCUCUCCGGUCCCCCCUCCCUCUCCGGUACACCGUCGCUCCCCGAUCCCUCGCGCUCGGGUCCAGGACGACGACGAAACGGUGUCGGAGUCCGUCGACACCACGGUGGUCAUCAGGAUGACGCCGCGACUUGAAGGAGAGGAGGUGCUCACUGUGGAGGUGACGCCUGGGGAGAGAGAGGAGGACGAGACGAAGACCGGGGAGGAGUGAUGUGACAGGAAGCUGCCUCCCUCACAGGACAGAUUCUGCUUCCCAGAAUGCCUUUCAGCAACCUCCUAAUAAGAGAUGGUGGAGGUGGAGAGAGAGAACGACUCGUCUCUGUCCUGGUGUACACAAGCGGUUCUCUUCUUCUGUGGUGGAUUUUCUCCCAAUUGUCUUCCUCCUGUUUUUGAACACAUUUUGAAUUUGUGCAGAAAAAAAACAGACCGAAAACACGAAUCAGAUAAAAAAGCUAAAAUCUCUCCAAAAUACAUAUUUUCUCUUCAUCUGUGCGAGCUUCUCGUUUGCUUUUCAGGUUUCCCUCAACUGCAUCUUUUCUCACGUUAGUUCCUCCCACUGAAGCCGCGAGGAGAGACGCAGGAGAGCUUAGUCUGUGUUGUUCCCUUAGAACCUGUAUUCUGUGAUACACCGUCCAAAUAAUAAUAAUAUUAUUAUAAGGGCACAUGGUUACUACUUCCUCUGCUGUUAUUUUUUGUUUUAAUUUAUUUUGAAACAACAAAACAGAACAAGUCAGGAGAGCAACAAACAUGUGGUCAAAUUAAAUGCACACUUUACUUAUUCCACCAUGAACAAAUAGGAACAAAACAAAAUAAAACCACAGAAACUCACAGUACCGGAGGAUUUUCAAAUCUAUUUUAAUCUUAAGAACAAACACACCAGACGCUUCAGUCCAGUCUCAGGACCGCACAUUCUGCAUUUACACUAAACGGUUUCAGAGCGGCGGUUCCGGGGACUUGGGAUCUC